AUGGUCUUAAGCAGGCACCGAGGGCUUGUUUAUUUCCUGGUGUAUGUGGAUGACAUUAUCUUAACAGGUAAUGAUGUUGCUUGGCUUAAUUGCUUUGUUGACACUCUGUCAGCUUGUUUUGCUCUCAAAGACCUUGGCUCCUUACAUCAUCUUUUGGGCAUUGAAGUUAUUCAAUCGUCAACUGGACUGUUUCUGACUCAAAGCCAAUACAUCACUGAUAUUCUAGUUCGGUUUAAGAUGGAUGGUGCAAAGGUUGUUUCAACAUCGCUAGCUGCCUCGGACAAGUUGCUCCCUGCACCGUCUGGUUCUACACCGGUUGAUGUCAUUCAGUUUCGGCGUCUCCUCGGCUUGUUGCAGUACCUGGUCAUCACUAGGCCAGAUAUAUCCUAUGCGGUCAAUCGUCUUUCACAGUUCAUGCACUCGCCUACAGAGUUGCACUGGCAGGCUGCUAAACGCCUAAACGGUUGCUUCGGUAUUUGA